CACACAGGAGCACCGGAGGAGCACCGGAGGAGCAGCUAUUACCGAGCACUGGACACACCGUCAAGCUUUUUUUUUUUAUAAGGGGGUGCUCUGCUCUCUCCUCCAUCUCUCUCCAGCGAUGGCAUCUACGGAUCGAUCAACGUUGAGGCUCUGAGUGAUGCAGUCUCUGUUUGGCGGAGGGGAGCUGGGGCUGCUGGGAGGAGGCGGCGACGGGGGCCUGAAGGAGGAUGGCUGCGGCAGCGUGGCGUGGCACUCCUCGCCGAUGCCCCCCGACGACGUCUACUCGGCCUCCCACUUCGCCCUCAUCACCGCCUACCAGGACAUCAAGACGAGGCUGGCCUGCCUGGAGCGGGAGAACACCAGCAUCAAGAGGAAGCUUAAGAUCUACGAGAUCAAGUUUCCUAUGAUCAACGAGUUUGGGGAGGACACCAACUCCUACUGCUCCUUCGAGAGCAAAGAGACGGCGCUGCUGCACUCUGAAAAUGGAAACCUGCAGCAGAGAGUCAACGUCCUGACCCACGAGCUCCAGAAGAGGAAGGAGAGAGAGGAGCAGCUGGAGGACGUGAUCCAGGCCUACGAGAAGAUUCACAUGGAGAAGAGCAACCUCCAGAGGGAUCUCGACAAGAUGACGAGCCUGGUGGAGAAGCAUGUGGAGCGGAUCCUGGGCCUGGAGUCGGCUCUGAGGCAGAGAGAAAACUCCCUGCAGAAACUCAACAUGCAGCUGCGCAGCAAAGACAUACAGUACCUGCAGCUGCACGCCGGCCCGGACGCACACAUGCUGGACUGUCCAGCUAUGACCCUCCAGAGCUCCCGUAGCCUGGACGCCCUGUCCGACCUGAAGCUGCAGCGGCUGGAGGCCGAGCUGGAGGGGGCGCGUCACGAGGCCCAGGGGGCAUGUCAGAGGGAAGAAGAGCUGAAGGGGGAGUGUGAGAGACUGAAGGAGGACAUGAGGAUGCUGCAGAACAACCAGAGGGACAGGGAAAUGACUUCUCCGUGCAAGCAGUGUGAUGUGGAGUGGAUAAAGAAGGUGGGAGAUGAGCAGGUGAACUUGGCUCUGGCCUACACCGAGCUAACGGAGGAGCUGGGACGCCUCCAAGCGCUGAGCUCCAAGCAGACAGAGAUCCUGAGGAAAGCGUCGCAGGAGCAGGCUAGUCCAGUCCAGCUCCACUCUCCCAUCCACCACCAGCGCCACUCUCCAGUAUCUCAGCGCCACUCGCCCAUCUCACAGCGCCAUUCCCCGGUGCCACCUCCGCCACACCACUCCCCGAUCCAACAGAGACGCUCCCCGGUGCUGCAGCGCCUCUCCCCUGACAUGCACCGCCGCUCCCCGCUGCUGGACGUCAACGACGGGCCGGCCUCUUACUCCUGCCGCCCACCCAGCCAGCACCUGAGGGCCAGCUUCCAGGGCCGCCGCAGUUACUCCGAGGUCGCCGACCCCUCCGCUUACCAGUGCCCCCCGCGCUUCUCCCUGGACCCCGUCUCCACCCUGCCCAAGCCUCGGCCCUACAUUGAGGGCUACGUAAAACAGCAGCCCCAACAUGUGGGCUCUCCUCACGGAGGACUGCAGCACAGAGGCUCCCCGUCCCCCCAUCAAGGUGGUGGAGGAGGAGACGGGGGCCACGGGGAGAACUCCAUGCGCCACUCAAGAGAGAUGCCAUUCCCACUGUCGGAGGUGGGCCACCUGCAUUUUGAGCCCCCUCCUCCUUCCACGCCGGCCCCCCACCCCCCACAGUCCUCUGAAGACGAGGAGGAGUGGAACUGCCCGCAUCCCAUCAGCCCGCCACGGACACUGGGCGUGCUCUCUUCCACAGUGCCCAGUGGCGUCAUGAGAGGCCCGGCGUCCUGCUCAGUCUUCCCCAUCCCUCAGAGGUCCAACACCCUCAGCUGCCACCCGCAGCCGGGCUACAUGUCAGCAGAGCACGCUCAGUCCUGGCCUUCAAUCAACCUCUGGAUGGAGACCGAGGAGAGCGACAUGCGGAGCUGCCCUCUCUGCCAGCUGAUAUUCCCCGUCGGUUACCCUGACGAUGCCCUCAUCAAGCACAUCGACUCCCACCUGGAGAACAGCAAGAUCUGAUCGCCAUGGCAACCAGCCCGCACACACAUCUGCGCUCUCCUCUUAUAGAUUAUGUGACAGAUUGUGGGCCGACCUGGCCAGCCAAACGGAAAGUCAAAAACGUACAGUAGAAUGACCAGUUAGCUAGAUGCGACGAUCUAUUAGGUAGGGAUGCAAAAUGGGCGCAAGGGCCUGUUAUAUUAGGGAAGUACUUAGACACGGGUCUCUCUUGGAGUCCUUUACCGGUCGCCCCUUCAGACGAGCUCUGCCCCGUAUACAAUCGCCGGCUCUGGUUGCUGCUGUUUUGUUGUGAGUCUUGUCGUGUGGUUUCAGACGGUUUCAGGUAUCGUGUUGUUUUUCGCUUCACAGUGUCGUUACACUUUGAUUUAGCAAAGUAAGCCAAAGACGACGAGGUAUGAGAGGCACGCCGGCAGGUUCAGGGGGGGCUCUGCAUGUCAACAAGUUUUCAGUGUUCAUCGGUUAACGAUCAGGGAGGCGUCUCUUUUUUUGACUAUUCUCACCACUUAGCUUUAAAUACUGUACACCUGCUUGGAUCUCACACACACACACACUACAGUAUAUGUUGCAGAGGAUUGUGUGCAGUAAGUGCUGCUGGCUUACUGAAAUGAUCCGACAGAUAGUCGAGUUUCUGAUGCUGAAGUGAGGAGAACGAUUGUAUAUCGAUCAGGGUUCACUUUCACUUCUCUAAAACAAGGCGGCAGUUUAAGAAAGUAUAAAACAUUCCAGUCUCGCAUUUCAUCUACUGACAAGCUGGAGAACAUGAAUGUGAAAGUAUGCAACGUGUUAUGAUGAUGAUGCCCUGCAGGGCGGGGCACCGGCGUCUUCUCUACGAGCGGAGUGGAAGGAAACUUUUAGUCAGAAUAUACUUUUAUGCUUGCGGCUUGUUAAAAAAAAAUCUUAGCACUUUAAGUUGGCACAGACGUAUCCGUUUUCAGUCCCCGUAUACUGUAUAUUUUCCAUGCAUAAUUUACUAUUUAUAUUGUCUAUCCGUAAGGCAAAAAAAUAUGAAGAUAUAUUUUUGCAGAUGUUAAUUAAUGCACCACACGUCUCAUGUUCUCCCACGUGCUUGCACACUGCUGUAUAUAUAGAGGAGUCAAACGGUCACAAUCCCGCCACAUGGGAUACUCUCCUGUACAAAUUAUCAACUGGGAUUCUCCUCGGUCUUCCUAAAGAUCUGAACAAAAACAGUUUGAUGUCACGACUGCCCAGACCGCCCAACAAAAAAAAGAAAAGAAGACACACAUCCGGCUGCAUGAGAUCAAGACCUGCUUUGAGGAUAAAAGUGGCAGACUUUUUACUGUAUUUCUAUUUCGGAGACCAGAAACUUCAUCUUCUAUAUCAGCAAAGUUAUCUCUGCAGGGUUUCAGCAAUGACAAUACUCUUCUUUUGAUACGUGGGUUUCAUUUUUAUCACGAGUGGAAUCUUAACUCGAGAUCCGCUUGUGGGACUUGAACUUCUUUUUUGAAAAAAAAAGGAAAAAAAAAAACAACAAAGUUACACUGAUGUCAGCUAAUCUGAGGCUUUCAGCUCCAUGUGCAGUUUCUAUA